AUGGUUAGCGGUGUAUGUCGCAUGGAUGUUUUUCUCCGGGAGGUUGCCCGGUACUCCAAAGGAAGGCCUCCACCACCUCCACGCCAUGUGGAGCCAUCGCAACUUGAUCUGGAUGCCCAGGAGAUAUGUCUAGAGUUAUCAAAGUGCAGCACAAAGUUGUCUGAGUUGACAAAAUUGGCGCGAAAACGUAGUAUUUAUGUGGAUCAUACCGCUGAGAUCGAAUGUCUGACUAGCGAUGUCAAGAAGAGCAUAACGGUCGCUUCUACGAAGAUCGACGCUUUAGAUGCAAAAAUAGCAGGCACUAAGCAUAGAAAUGAUCAAUUGAAGCAGCAUUAUGAGAAUCUUCUGGCCACCUUACGUAAACAGUUGUGCGAUUUGACCAAGGACCUGAAAGACGCGUUAUACCAGAGAGCACAAGUUAUGAUCCAACAAGAAGUACGACGCAAAAUGUAUUCACAUACCGAUUUGGAUCAUACUUUAACAUCUUCUGGUCAUGGAAGACGACGUUUCACGGUGCAACAGGCUGCUGAAGGAGCACAGCAGAUGGACCUGGAAAGGUCUGUAAUUGCCGAUGCCAAGGCUGAGGCUUUGGCAAACGUGCAGCGUGCUAUUGGCGAAUUAACUCAAAUUUUCCAACGCAUGACAACGCUUGUGACGCAACAGGAUGAGAUGAUCCAACGUAUUGAUGCUGACACUGAGGAUUCUCUGGACAAUGUUAUUUCUGCACAAAGCGAGUUGUCGCGUUAUUACAAGCGGAUAUCUAGUAAUCGCACGCUUUUGUUGAAGAUAUUCUGUAUAUUGGUGGCAUUUGUGAUAUUCUACAUAUUGUUUUUGACAUGA